AUGAUAAAACUUGUAGAUGAUUUCUUUGAACUCAGACCUAAGUAGCUUCCAAAUAGAGAAAUUGAGGCUAUAGAUGAGGAAAACAUCUCUUUCAAGAGCAUUAGACCCAACCGCACAUAUGAGAGCAUCAAGAAGAAAUACUACCAGAAUGAACGCAAGAGGAAGUUUGAGGAGUUUAAGAAGUAGAGAGAGGAAGAAGAUGCUUAGAAGCUGGGAGUGGGAAUGUACAAUCACCGAAGCGGGGGCAAGAGACCUAAGUAUGAUGAAAUCACCUAGAGCAAACCUAAAUAGGAUGCUAGUCUAAAUAUUAAGACUGAAUCAGUUCAUUCUGAUCAGAAGCAUCUAAAUGCCAAAGGAGAGUUCUAAAUAGGAUAUAGCUCAAGUGCAAGCAAGAUCAAGCAGCAGUAAUCACAAGGAAGCUAAGCACAACUCUCACAGACAAUGCAAAUGAAUGAAUUCUCCUAGAUGAAAGAACAGAUUAAGAACAAUUCAUAAAGCAUGAGAAGCUCACAAUAGAAGUCUGAAAGGAUAUCAGCCAAGGAAAAGCAGUAAAUGCUGUCAAAUUUGUAUAUACAGGAAAUAAGAGAGACUGUAGAUAGCUAAUAUCAUAAUGAUUUCAAGAAAUUACUUAAGGAAAUGAGGGAAAACAGAGUUUUUGAUCCUAUUUUUUCCAAUCAAUCAAUUAUAUAGAUUGAGUUAUUCGAUAAGUGUCCCAAUCCAAAUGCUAUUCAUGCCAUUUAAAAUAUGAUGGAUGAAGUUUAAAACUAUGAAAUGAGGAAAAGAGUCUCAAUAGAUACUGCUCAAUACAUUAAUCGCAUCUAUCGGGAACGAUACCUUGAGAUCACUCGUUUGUUCUACAAGUUAUAUGAGGAAAAAUAUCCACCUUAAAAGGGGCUAGAGGAGGGAGACUUUUUUGCUGACAUUAAUCCCAAGAAAGAGCAAGAUGAGGAAGAUGAGGAAAUUCUAUGCAGUAUUUGCUAUUUUAAAAAGUAAGUUUAACUACCCUUGACUUAUUUAAUAAUACAGGGAUCUCUAUAUAUCAAAAUGCAAGCAUAUCGCAUGUCUAAACUGUUGGGAAUAAUGGCUUAGUAACACAUUGGAAUGUCCAACUUGCAGGGCCAGAACCAGAAAGAAUUAGAUAUUCCCUCUCAACAAAUAGGAUGA